AUGGUCUCAGCUGAGCCGCCGCUGCAGCUGGAGUCGAAGAAUGUGUGCGUCGUGGGAGCCGGCAUGGCCGGUAUGGCGGCGGCGCGCGAGCUGCGGCGAGAGGGCCACGUCGUGACGGUCAUGGAGCAGAGAGGCGACGUCGGCGGGCAGUGGCUGUACGACCCGAGGACAGACGAUGACGGCCUGCUCGAGGCAGGGGCCGCGCCGGUGCGCGUGCACAGCAGCAUGUACGCCUGCCUCCGUCUCAUCAGCCCGCGGGAGGCCAUGGGCUUCUCCGACUUCCAGUUCUUUCCCAGGGAGGGCGUCGCCGGCCGCGACCCUCGCCGCUUCCCGACCCACCGCGAGGUGUACUGCUACCUUUGGGAGUUCUGCCACGCGUUCGGGCUUGCUGACGCCGUCAGACUCCACACCAGGGUCACGCGCGUCGCGGCCGUGCCCACGUCGUCGACGCAUCAAUGGGCUGUGAGAACCGUGCACCUCGGUGGCACGGGCACGGACGAGGAGGAGAAGGAGGAGGUGUUCGAUGCCGUCGUCGUGGCCACCGGCCACUACUCGCAGCCGAAGCUCCCGACCAUCAACGGCAUGGAGGACUGGCGGCGGAGGCAGCUGCACAGCCACUCGUACCGGACGCCGGAGCCGUUCCGCGGCGAGGUGGUGGUGAUGAUCGGGUGCGGGGACAGCGGCAAGGACAUCGCGCUGGACCUCCGCCGCGUCGCCAAGGAGGUGCACCUCACCGCCAAGUCCAUGGAGGAGGCCAUGACGCCGGCGAUGUCCAAGAUGCUGGCGAACCACGCCAAUCUGCACCUCCACCCGCAGAUAGACCGUCUGUACGCGGACGGCCGCGUGGCGUUCGCCGACGGCUCCUCCGUCGACGCCGACACUGUCAUGUACUGCACGGGGUACACCUACUCGUUCACGUUCCUGGACACGGGUGGCGCGGUCACCGUCGACGACAACCGCGUGGGGCCGCUGUUCGAGCACGUGUUCCCGCCGUCCCUGGCGCCGUCGCUCUCCUUCGUCGGCAUACCGAGGAAGGUCCUGGUGCCGUGGUUCUUCGAGGCGCAGGGGAAGUGGGUCGCGCAGGUGCUGUCCGGCCGGCGGGCGCUGCCGCCGGAGGAGGAGAUGCUGCGGUCCGUGGAGGAGUAUUACCGGGCCAGGGAGGCAGCCGGCGUGCCGAAGAAGUACACCCACGACAUCGCCGGCGUGGAUCCUGAGAAAAUGUACGAGUUCGGGGAGAAGUACUGCGAUUUCGCGCGUAUCGAGGAUUGGAAGAUAGAGCUGCUCGUGUCCAUCAUCGCCAACAUGAACGACGACAUGGAGACCUUCCGCGACCGCAAGGACGACGGCGAAAACGUCCGGAAGGGCCUGCAGAGAUGGCACGCCGCAGCUGCUCAAGCCCAAGAUCAAAACUACGGUUGCUGCGGUUGA